GGCGUCUCUGUUUAUUUCUGCUGCUCUCAUUGUGUGUAUGUUGCGUGUAGACACGGUGACUGCUCUAUCUCUCUAAGACUACAACAGCUUUAUAUCCAACCUAUCCUAAGAGCAAACGUUGCUCACAAGCAACAACCCCCCCCUGACUCCACAUACAGCAAGAUAUAGGCCUCCUUGGAAGAAGCUCACUACGUACAUAUAACUCUGACAUCGACAGCAGCUGCUACAAGACGUCUUCCAGCAAGUUAGCAGAGCGUGGAGAGGUCUUACUUCGUAUCUGAGGUCCCCCUGAGCUAGCUAAGAGAGGAGAGUUGAAAUGCAGUCCAUAAAGAGACUCUCAAAGAAGUUUGGCAGGCAGUCACUGAAUGAAGUGAAGCCUGCCCCGCCCAGUUCCACAGUAGACCACACCACGGCACCUCCCACAGUUACUACCCCCCACACGUCUCCACUGUUCACCAAAGACCUCCCUCGCCGAUGCAGCGACCAUACGUCAUCUGAUUCAUCCGACAGUGAGAGCGAAGAGGACUGCACAACCAGAGCUCAUCCAGUUCAUAGUGUAAUCCGCAAGAAGCAUUUAGGCAGUAAUAAACUGAAGAUGGAGCGAGUCUCAUCAGCUGAGAAGAGAACCUACAGACAAUACAAGUAUUCCACAGGUAGUAGUAGCAGUGCGAGCUCUAGCGAUGACGAGAUCAAAGAAGCAUUCGAAGGCCACACACACUUUCAUUAUUCACCAGUAAUGAAAACCUCGUUAAAGGACUUUAAGCAAGGGUCACCUCUUUCUUGGGGCACUGACCCGCUAUUUGCCAACAGACCUCUCAAAGCAUUACCCGUGGGACACAGAAAACCGAAGUACUUUGCUCAGAUGUCAGGUAGCUAUGCUGAGAGACCACGGCUUGACUUCAACAAGAUGCAACACUCAAAGAGACUAGUCAUGGUUAGACGGCCACUAGUGCUCAGAAACAACUCCAAAGUACAUUCUAUAGCGAGACCACCCAGCUUUGCAGUAUCUCUUGAUAUUUCUGCCCAUACUUUUACACCUGUGCUCACCCAGACAUGAACACUGCAUGCCUAGCACCUCUGGUAGGCCUGUUAGGUAUUUUUAGUACUUGUUUGUGUUAGCACUGUAUUAUAUUAAAAGCUCAUUUCCAUUAUAAUAAGUGUACAUGUCACAAAGCCACCCCUCCCUCAACUGUUAGUAAUAUGACUGUAUACAUCACUUCAACCUCAGCACACACCACUGAUCUUGUGUACUUGCACUCGUUUGUUUAUUGUGCAAUUUUCAAUGAUUUUUAUCACGAUGAUUAAUAAUAAUGCUUCGAUCUGAUGUUAUAUCUAUUUGAAA